AUGGAUAAAAUAGAAAUUAUUGAUUAUAAAACAUUUCAAAAAAAAAAUAUAAGUAUAACUGAAUUACUAUCAAAAAAACUAAACAUAGAAAUUGAUGAUUUUAAAAUCGACACUUUCGAUGACAUUGCAAGGAUUUCAGAAAUAUUUACCAAACAUGUUCCAUACUCAAACUUUGAUCUCAUUGGAGGAAAUUAUCAAUUCGAUAUCGAUGCUAUUGUAGGCUGUAUCCAGGGAAGGGGUGGCAGAUGUCUCCAUUUAAAUUUAAUAUGGGGUUUACUAUUAACAGAAUUUGGUAUCGAUAUUAAACUAAUUAAAGCAAUGGAAGAUUCCCCAAAUAAAAUAUACAGUAUUUUCGAAUAUCAUUACGGUAAUGUAUUCAAAUGGAAGGAUGGUAAAUAUUAUCUUUUCGAUAUUGGUUUGGGUUUUUUAAAUUACUUUUACCCAAUUGAAAUUGGAAACUAUGAACCAAUUAAAGGAACCUCAGACCUCUUACCUCCAUGCUACUAUAGAGUAAUCGAAAAUCAAUCAAUUAAAUCCGAUAACCCAUCAUUCAUUUUACAAAGAAAACUAAUAGACCAAGAAGAUGAAUACAAACCAAUUUUUGAAUUUAAAUUAAACGACCCAGUAACCAACCACCUUAUCUAUGAAAGAGCUAUUAGAUUUAAUAAAACCACUUAUAGAAUACCAGUUUCUAGUAGAUUAUGUGAAUAUGGAUACUAUUUUUAUGCAAACGACUCAUUUACAAUUAUAUCACCUUCAAAUGCAAGACAUGCAAGCAAUAAACCAGAAAACAAAACUAAAUUACCAAUGAGAUUAUUUAAAGAUUAUUCAUCACAUGGUUCUUUAUAUCAAAUAUUCGAAAUUAUUCAAACUUUUAAAACUGAAAAAAAUAUUAAAAUGAUUGAUUUUGCAAAUAAAGAUACUUUUCUCGAAUUAUUAGAUCAAAUUGAAAAUGCUUUAGUUAAAAAUGGUACCUUAAAAUAUCCAAAUGUUUUUAUUACUCCAGAUAUUAAAAAUAUUGAACAGCUUAAAGGUAUUGUCGAAAAACAUGGUGGUAAAAUAGUUAAAGAAUCAAAACAAGCAACACAUAUUGUAAAACAAAAUGAAACAACAACAACAGAAGAAAAUAAUUUAGAAUAUCUUAGAACUAUCGAACAUAAAAACAAAUUAAGCUUGGUUCACUGGUGGUAUUAUCCAGAUUCAUAUGAUGCAUGGUUACCUAGCAGCGAAGUAGAAGGUGAAGAUCCAGAAACAGAACAACAUGUUGGUCAAUGGUUUGUCACUCCAAGAUGGUUAACUGAUACAGAUAUAUUUAAUGAAUGGAUGAACGAAAUCGACUAUGAAUUAGACGAAAAUACAAAUUCAGAAUCUGAUAGUAAUGCCACAAGCUCUGGUGUCCCAAAAUCACCAAAUCAAAAACUUACUGCUGCUGGUACUGUUCCAAAGAAAAGAGGUAGAAAAGCAAAAAGAAAAACAAUUUUAGCAAGACAAGCUGCAGAGGCAUUAUUACAACAACAAAAUGGUGAAUCAAAUGAGCCAAUGAAUACUGACGAUAAAAAUGAAAAUGAUGAAUCACCAAAUAAAAAACAAAAAAAUGAACACACUGAUACUACAGAACAAAAACAACAAGUUCAAGAACAACCAGCUCAAGAACAACAACAACAACCACAACCACAAUCACAACAACAACCAACUCCAGAGCAACUACAAUUGCUACAACAACAACAACAAAUUCAACAACAACAACAAUUGCAACAACAACAACAACAACAGCAACAACAACAACAACCACAACAACAACAACCAAUGUUAACUCCAAUCCAAUUACAAAUGCACCAAAUUCAUUUGCAAAUGCAACAAUUAAUCCAACAACAAAAACUUCAACCAGCUUUAGCUCCACAAUUACAAAUGCAAUAUCAACAAUUCCAACACCAAUUACAACAAUUACAUAACCAACAACUCUUACAACAACAACAACAACAACAGCAACAACAUCAACAACAACAGCAACAACAACAGUUAUUACAACAACAGCAGUUAUUACAACAACAGCAACAAAAUCCAAUUGGUUAUCAAGCAAUGUUUGGAAAGCCAGUACCAAAUAUCCCAAAUAAUAAACCAACACAACCAGGUCAAACACCAACACAACCAGGUCAAACACCACAACAACAAAUUUUAGGUGCAAAUAAUGUACCAACACCAAAUAGACCAAGAUCAUCAUCAAAAUCAGGUACUCCAUUCAAUAGCCAACCAAUUUCAUCAGCACCAUCAUCAACAGACUCAACUAGUGCCACAGCUACCAAUCCAAACGGUAAUUUAAUGCCAGCUCAUCCAAAUGGGGCACCAACUAGUCCAAAUCAACAAACCAAUGCACCUGCACCAACUACAAAGAAUGUUGGUUUACAAUCAUCAUUCACAGUUCCACCAACACAAUGCACUUGGUUCAAAAUCGAAAGUAUUCAUGAAGUCGAAAAAAAUCAAUUACCCGAAUUUUUCACUGGCAAAUCACCAUCAAAAACUCCAGAGGUCUAUAAGGAGUAUCGUGAUUUUAUGAUCAAUACUUAUCUCCAAAAUCCAUACCAGUAUUUAACUUUAACAGCUGUUAGAAGAAAUUUAGUUGGUGAUGUUUGUUCAAUUCUUAGAGUCCAUAGUUUCCUUGAACAUUGGGGCUUAAUAAAUUAUUUUGUUAAUCCAGAUGGAGGUGCCUAUAUACCAUUAUUGUCAAAUACCAAUAAUGCUAGUUCUAAUAAUAAUACCAGUAAUAAUAAUACAGAAUUAAAAUCACCAAGCAAAGAUUUAUCAUCACCAACUACCUCGACCACAACAACCACAACAACCACUACCACAACAACCUCAACUACUACUAUACCACAACAAUCAACUGCCAAAACUGCAACAACAUCUAAAAAACCAGCAUCAAAACCAUUUUCAACAUCAUUGGAUUUAAGACAAAACUUAUUUUCACAACCAUAUAGACACUAUUGUAAUAUUUGUAACCAAGAUUGUACAUAUUCAAGACAUCAAUUAACUCCAAAACCAACCGAAGAAAGUCAUCCAUUACAACAACCAAUUAAUCUUUGUAAUGAUUGUUUCCAAAAACACGAUUUCAAAGAUGCAACAAUCAAAAAAGAAGAUUUCCAAAAAAUUGAAAUUCCAGAACCAAAUGGCAUUGCUGAUUUUUGGACUGAUCAAGAAACUCUUUUACUUUUAGAAGCUUUAGAUAUCUACAGUGAUAGUUGGAAUGAUGUUGCUGAUCAUGUUGGCACUAAAACUAAAGAACAAUGCCUUUUACACUUUUUACAGCUCCCAAUCGAAGAUCCAUACUUAGAGGAUAAUAUCACAAAAUCAGUUUCACUUCAACCAUCAAAUGACGUCAACAGUAUUAAAUCAUCAAAAGGUAUUAAUAACGAAUUAAACAAUCCAAUUAUUUCAUUGGUUUCAUUUUUAUCAACCUCUGUAUCCUCUGAAGUUGCUGCUGCCUCUGUUAAAGCUGCAACUCAAGUAUUAAAGAAUCAAAACAAGGAAAAUGAAAUGGAUAUUAACGAUGAAGGUACAGCUGAUAAUGAUAAUACCGACGAAGAUGAUCACUUUACAAAUAUUCAAUCUGCCUCGUCCACUGCCUUAGUUGCCGCAUCCAUUAAAGCAAAAGCUCUUUCAAAAGCUGAAGAAAAAGAAAUCCAAUCAUUAAUCUUAAAUAUUAUCAAUGUACAAACUAAAAAAUUAGAACUUAAACUUAAAUGUUAUUCUGAUAUGGAAGAUUCUCUCGAAAAAGAAAGAAAUCAAUUAGAAAAGGCAAGACAAUCAUUAUUUUCUGAAAGAUAUAGUUUAUUAAAAGCUGCUCAUACAAAUCAAUUAGCCUAUCCAGUUUCUUCAUAUAUUGUCACUCCAAAUAAAUCAAAUAAUAUGGCUAAUAAUAAUAACAAUAAUAAUAGUAAUAAUAAUAAUAAUAAUAGUAAUAAUAAUAAUAAUAAUAAUGAAAAGGAUAAUAAUACAAAUUUAAACAAUAUAAAUAAUAUAAACAAAAAUAAUAGUGAUAAAGAUAUUGAAAUGAACUCUACUAUUUUAAAUAAUAUUCAAUAA